CGGUCUGUGAACGAAUGAGAGUGGGGAGAACAACAGAGUAGAGAGAGGGAUAUGCAUAAGUACACUAACUGCACAGGGAAGCAGUUGGAGGAAUGAGUGAUUUGGAUGUAUACAACCUAUCCUAAAUGGAAAUUAAAAAGUUCCAGCAUAUUGAGGAAUAACAUGUUAUAUGUGAUGUUGUUUCUACUGUGACAGAAUCUGUUGGAGGUCAACAUUUUAUUUAGUGUGUAAUGAUCUCACCUGAGGAAAUACCUGAAGCGGUGCCGAGUAGGGAACACUUGUAGAGGAUACAGACUACUGAAGCGGUGCCGAGUAGGGAACACUUGUAGAGGAUAUCGACUACUGAAGCAGUGCCGAGUGGGGAACACUUGUAGAGGAUAUCGACUACUGAAGCAGUGCCGAGUGGGGAACACUUGUAGAGGAUAUCGACUACUGAAGCGGUGCUGAGUAGGGAACACUUGUAGAGGAUACAGACUACUGAAGCAGUGCCGAGUAGGGAACACUUGUAGAGGAUACAGACUACUGAAGCGGUGCUGAGUAGGGAACACUUGUAGAGGAUACAGACUACUGAAGCGGUGCUGAGUAGGGAACACUUGUAGAGGAUAUCGACUACUGAAGCAGUGCCGAGUAGGGAACACUUGUAGAGGAUAUCGACUACUGAAGCAGUGCCGAGUAGGGAACACUUGUAGAGGAUAUCGACUACUGAAGCAGUGCCGAGUAGGGAACACUUGUAGAGGAUAUCGACUACUGAAGCCUUAUCUUCAAUACUUCUUCAGCAAUGUAUUUUCUGCGUAACUACCAUUUUUUUGUUUUGUUUAUUCAGUUCCCCAAGACAAUCUGAGUAAAAGGGACAUAGUUCAAGUAGGAAAUAUUCAUGUACUUCUUUAGCUCCUCUUGAGGAAGAGUUCUCCCCAUGUUUCUGAGUAGGAUGUGACCAAUCUCUGUCAACAGUUUCAACUGUUAUUGAUGCAUCUAACAACGUACAGAGUAGAGAACCAGUUCUGUCACUGCUGCAGGGCAUCUCAGCCUGGCCCUAGUUUAGUGGUGUCUGACUGGCCCUGUGGUGAUCCCUUACCAUGCAGUCCUCUGUGCUGGAGCAGGACGACUCCUUUGACUUCCUCUUUAAGAUUGUCCUGGUGGGAGACUCAGACGUGGGGAAGACCUGCGUGGUCCAGAGAUUUAAAUCUGGUGUCUUCAUGGAGAAACAGCAGAACACUAUCGGGGUGGAUUUCACCGUCAGAACCAUGCUCAUCAAUGGCAGGAAGGUCAAGCUGCAGGUGUGGGACACAGCUGGACAGGAGCGUUUCCGCUCAAUCACCCAGAGUUAUUACCGCAGCGCCCACGGCGCCAUAGUGGCCUACGACAUCACACGCCGGCCAACCUUUGACUCUUUGACACACUGGAUCCAGGAAGUGGAACAAGACGGGGCUGCAAGCGUUGUGCUCAUCCUCAUUGGGAACAAGUCAGACCGGCAGUCGGAGAGACAGGUGCUGUUUGAGGAUGCCUGUACCCUGGCUGAGGGGAGGGGUGCACUGGCCGCCCUGGAGACCUCUGCGAAGGAGGCCCAGAAUGUGGAGGCAGCCUUCAUGCUCAUGGCCCGGGAGCUGAUGGUGAGGAACGGCCUCGCCGUCACAGACCAACACUCACAGGCCUCCCCACACAUCUUCCCAAACUCCCAUCCAAUCCAUGGCGCCGAUCCUACAGACAGGAAGUCAUGUUGUUGAGAGAAUUGCGUGGGAGGGUUUGUGGUGCUGAUAACUUGUCUGGAAUCAACAUCGCCUACACAGUCCCUUGACCUUGUAGAUGUAAAGCAACAAAGCCCACUCGUUUUCGACGGCUUACAUCUACAGGUGCUGUCAAGAAGUGUGCUUCGGGAAGGGGAUGAGUGUACUAUAUUGUGUGGAUGUGAUAUGAGUACUCUACUGAUAAUGGCAAAUAUCACUGCCACUGAGUGUACCAGUAGUCAAACACUUGUUACCAGUACUUAAAGGCCUCCCGGGUGGCGCAGUGGUCUAGGGCACUGCAUCGCAGUGCUAGCUGUGCCACCAGAGUCUCUGGGUUCGCGCCCAGGCUCUGUCGCAACCGGGAGGUCCGUGGGGCGACGCACAAUUGGCAUAGCGUCGUCCGGGUUAGGGAGGGUUUGGCCGGUAGGGAUAUCCUUGUCUCAGUAUGUAAAAUGUAAUAAAAUGUAUGCACUCUACUGUAAGUCGCUCUGGAUAAGAGCAUCUGCUAAAUGACUAAAAUGUAAAAUGUUAAUGUUAAAAGUAUCCCAUGCCACCUGUGGCUUAUCGUACAUGGGGGGGGAAUGAUGUAUUUACUUUAUUUGUUGGAUAUGUAACAAUUAUUUACUUAAACAGUGAGAUUUCUGUCCUGCUAAUGCUGAGUUUUAUGGUGUCCACUCUAGCUUCCCGGUGAUAAAACCUACAGCUGGCCUUCCAGGGACAGGAUGUGGGGAGGUUGUGACUGUUAGAGGAGUAGAAUAAAGGCCUCAAUGGUUCUUAAACAUCCUGGCCUGGGAAAUUAGGCCAGGGUCGGGGGUGUAGAUAGAGAUAGGAUUGGCUCAUGGUGCCCCCCCAAUCUAUAUGGGAGGGGUAGAACCAAGCAUUCUGGGUAUAUGAACUGCAUUGUCUGUAUGAUUCAGACUCUCAGCCUAACGGUCUCAUUAUUACAAUAAUUCAUCAAUAUUAAAGAUGAUUGUUUGAAGAAAUUA